CAAAACAGAAAAAGAGGAUCAUGAUCAAAGGUGAAAAAGAAAUUCUAAUAAUGUCCAAUUUUUCACCGACAUUGUUCAGUUUUAUACCGAUUGCGAGCGAAAUUUUUUCUCGAAUAAUCACGAGUCGGUACGAUGUAGAGGACAAGGUUUUUGUAUGCACCAACGCCGAUGAAAAAAAAAAGGAAAUUUUUUCAAUGUAUUUGUAGUGAAAAACGGCGAGAUGAGGAACGGAGAUGAAUAUUUUCGUCGAAUAAUGACUGGAAGCAGCUUGUUCCUUAAAAAAUUCGUAAUUUAGAUCGUUACAUAUCGUGCGUGCUUGCUGGUCGUUCGAUAAAUCGAAACAACCAUUGAAUUCGAGUUCUAGAAGGUUUUAAACUCGAUGUUUAGAGAAUCAAAUUUCGAGAAACUUACAGAUCGUAAAUUUAGCGAUUAUCGGUUUAGUAUCGAUUUAAGAAAAGUCGUAGCCAUACAGAGUGUCUUACAAUUAGAGUAGGAUACAAUUUAAUUUAUAUGUAUAACUUCUGAGUGGUUUUAUGUUUACGAUAGUUCGAAAAAAGCAUUUUUAUUUUCGUAAGUAAACUGCCUCCGUAUUUUGAGACACUCUGUACGAGUUAAAGAGAAACUUAGUCAAUUGAUAAGCGUUAGAGGUAUCGUAGUUCGUAAUUAACUAAUUGGUACUUAGGGUUAAACUCGUUGAAGUAUAUACCAAAGUUUUCAACCGUGUCCAAAACUUAAAAUCUUAAAGAUAGCUCCUGGUUUAUGAUCGUAACUGUAUAUCUUUACUUAAAAUUAAUUUCGUAUACAGUAACAUGGUUACCGUGAACCGAGAUAAAUUCGCAAACAAAUAUCUCGAUUUCUACUUGGCUAUUUUAACCAUUAAGAUUUUUUAAUUUACUUAAUACCGACAAAAGACGUAAAUUACAAUCGCAAAUAGAACUUGUAACGCGUAACUCUGUAACGCGUUCUGCGUUACAGAAAGUUUUUUUAAACGAUGAAAUAAUAAGUUUAUGUAUAACGUAAUAACGAGCCAUCAAGAUGUAUUGGACGGGAAACACGAGUAACGAAUCAAAAAAUUUGUUACGUUAGUAACGCCAUAGCCUCUAAAAAAUAGCCGAUUAGUUCAUAUCGAGUACGAUCCAAUUGUUAAGCUUGAAAAGCAGUUUUUUAUGAAAACAUCUUUACGAUUAGAAAGAGUAACGAAUCCAUGAUCGAUUAGCGGUCGAUCUACUCACGAAAAUAUUCGAAACGUUUGCUUCUUUUCCGACUGUUUAAUUAAAUGCAUUAAUUGCAAAUUUUCAAUUUAUCUUUCCUACAAAUCAAAGGUGUUGGUAUUUACCGUUAACUAGGAUCGCUGUUAUAGAUAAUUUACGUACACAUACGUAUUCAUAUACAUGCAACGUAAAGCAUACUUUUAUCUUUCAAAUUUAAUUAUCCUUCGAAUUACGUUAUAUUAUAUUUAAAGCUGUAAACAGAUUUGACGUUGAUUCUCGUUAAUGUUAACGAUGUUAUCAAUCUAUCGUCAAAUAUAAAUAUGAUAUCGAUAAUGUAUCGAUAAUCGACAACAGCAUCUUUAUCGCAAACGUUCGAAUACUUCGCUGACACGUCCAUACUCCAGAUAUGUUUUAUCGAAAUGAAUAGUUAACGCGAAGUCGCGGAGUAUAUUCGUUAAUUCUUGUACUGCCAAUUUUCAUUGAAAAUCUCCGAGAAUAACAGUAAUUCAGAGAAAGAAUUUUGCAUUUGACAAUGACGUGUUUCGUCGCAAGAAGCGUCAUUUGUUCACGGUUGAACAGCUCAUGAUCCAUUCCUAAGAUUAAUUCAUGCCUUUAUCCGAUAUUUCUAUAGCAUCCACUUUCAUGAUCCUUUGAUCGUCGGAUCGUCGACGAGUGUCGACAAUCGAAUCGAUGCUCGUAAAAACAAUUUGUAUACAUCAGCAUCAGAUUGUUAUGCGGCCGCAAUGAGGCGCGAACGUAUCUCGCAACUGUUCGCGGCAAAUGAAUUGUAAAUUCGAAAAAAUAAAAGGAGAUGGUCGUUAUUGUUAGCCACUGAGAUGAUUUCCCUUACCGAAAUAAGAUAUUUCUCUCAUAUGAACACCGUGUUUAUUUCAAUUUGUGCAUUUUUCAUUUUUAUCGGGUGUUGGAACGUAAUUAAUUUACGCAUUAAAAAUUCUAUGGUUAUGUUUUUGAAAGCACGUCGACCUUCUGGCGGUUGCUAUAGAAACUAAAAAUAUAUGUUUAAAUAUAUUAACUGCGAUGUCUGUAGUGAUCUGCGUUUCGAAUAUGUAGAUUUAAUGUUAAACGAGAUUUGCAAUUCGUGUUUAUUUACCAUUAAACCGUCAUCUAAUUUCAACGCCAAACUGUCUCACACGGGAGAAAAGGAACGAAAUCGAGGCAGCAUGCCAGAACCAGUACAUCAUCAGAUAAAUGCUGCUCGAAAAACGUUCCAAACAUUAUACCAAAUUUCUAAACUAUUAAACACGAAUUUAGAUCCGACAACGUUAAGUAUUUGCAUUCGCUUAUGCGAGAACGGUGUAAAUCCUUAUGCGCUUGCAACUGUUGUAAAGGAGUUGCAAAGAGAAGUUAAAGCUAUGGAUAAUGCUAAUCAAUUAGAAUCUCCUACUAGCAAGUCUAAUUUAAAGAAAUAAUUGUUUUAUAAAAAAAUAAGUUGAAUUCGUGUCAUAAUUUAAUAAGAUUGAUUUGUUAACAAGUAAUUUUACUUGAUUACGAUGAAAAAUAUAUACACAAUGUUUGUAAUAAAAAACGUUAAGUUAUUUGUACAAUAA